UAUUAUCUGUGCGUGAUCAGGUGCCGUCCCACAGCCCUCUCUUCCCCGCAGGACAUAUUUCCGGUGGUCGGCGGGCGAGCUGCGGUGCUUCCUCGCAGAUGCCAUGUUUGAGCAGUGAGCAUGGCGGAACAUCAUCUGGAGUACGUCUACCUGGAGGAGGGCGAGUCCAUCGAGGAGCAUUACACCGAGGACCCAGAGCUGGCGGCCAUCAAGGCCAGGGUUCAGGAGAUGGAGAUGGAGGAGGAGACGGAGAGAAUGAAGGAGGAGGAGAGGUGUGACGCCCCGGAGAUGCAGCUACUGACCAGCAGCCCUCGGCCUGGACCGUUCUACAACAUGACUCCUGAGGAGAGGAUAGACGCUGACAACAGAUCAGUCUAUGUAGGAAAUGUAGACUAUGGAGCUACUGCGGAUGAGUUAGAGAUCCAUUUCAACGGCUGUGGGCCUGUGAACCGAGUUACCAUCCUGUGUGACCGCUUCUCCGGCCACCCCAAGGGCUUUGCCUACAUUGAGUUCACUGAGCAAGACUCUGUGCAGACUGCCAUUGGUUUGCAUGAGACCUUGUUCAGAGGAAGAGUCCUUAAGGUAAUGCCUAAAAGGACCAAUAUGCCAGGCAUCAGCACCACAGACAGGGGAGGACACAGAGGAGGUCACACCAGAGGAAGGGGAAGAGGCUUCCGUCCCCCCAGAUAUCACAACAGCUCACGAGGCAGGUUCCGGUACCAGUCAACCAGGCCACCACAUCAAACGCCCCACCCCUAUUACGGAGGCCCUUCAGUGGGGAAGAGACAGUGGGGACACAUGGACUACCAUGAACAGAUGCCUAAACGUUACCCAUGUCUUCUACUUAUCACUCCACCAUCUGAGGAGUUAGGGGAAGGGUCGAGUGGACAACACUACCCCCAGCAGCGCUAACACCACCCACACCCGACAUCGCGAGUGGGUGCAUAGAAAUGAUCAUUUUGACAAAUAUUUCCAGGCAUUACUGAGUUAAGCAUUAUGUGACGGGCACAGAACGGACAGCAAGAAUGACUUUUCAACCCCUGCAUCAGUCUUCAGUUACUACAGAAGCGGAGAAUGGAAACCUGGGAUCAGCAAUGUUGCAUAUAAGCUUAAGUUGCUGUGAAUGCAUGGACAAUCCUCAAAUCGUUAUGCAGUUGCAUCUCUUAAUGUUUUUUAUAAAACUGAAUGUUUUGUGUCGCUGCCUGCAAUGUAAAGUUUAAAGCCUCCCCAUGUAUAACUGUUUCUUUUGCUAUGUAAGUGAAUAAAUAAAACAAUGAAGUGUUG